UACAGGAAGCUGCGAGACCCAACAACUCGUGUCGAUUGUCUCUUGUUGUAAAUAUACGGUCGAAGUAUUGAGUCUACUUCGACCCUGUUUCGCCUCAAAACACCACGUUUUCUUCUAAGAAAACAUUGCAGCUCGAACAUAGAUCCUUACAAGUUGCUAUUUCUGUCCGCGAGUGCCACAAACGACCCUUUCUCUCGCCAGGGUCGGGUCAUGCUUUGAGGUUUAUAUGGACGAGUCCUCUGUGGAAGGGGAACAAGGGGGGACUUUCAAUCGUUCAAGAAGGAUUCCCUCUAAAAGAAAAUCUCAGACGUCUGUCUCAUCCGAGUUCAAGGUGGAAGAAAAACGUAAAAAAGGCUCGGCCCAGCCUGCUGGAAGCAAUAGUAGCUCAACCACACCAACUUGCCCAUACAAUUUAAGGUCCAGAGCAUCCAUUUCUACAAGAAAUCCCUCGGCAGCAAGCAACAGUUUUGUUAGAAAUAGAUUAAAACCAGCAAGUAGCAGACAAGAAGACUCUGCUAAAUCCAUUGUACCUGAUAACAACAAGUCCACAACUGUUAGUAGCUGCAAAUCUACCACAGCUGUAAAUAGCAGGACGUCAACGCAUUCCGCUGGAAGCAAGUCUUCUUCGGCUGCUUAUAGUAGGACACCAGCUUCUACUAGUAGUAGUAAGGUUACAGCCACAUGUAACAGCAAGCCAUCUGGUGAUAGCAAGUCCAGUUCACAGUCAUCCAGACAGAAAAAUACACCCAACAGUAAGCUACCUGUUGGCGAUAGCAAGUGGAGUUCACACUUUACGUCCAGACAGAAAAGCGCAUCACACACUUCAAUACCCCCUCCAACAGCCAGUUCCUCAAACUCAGAACUACUGGGAAAAGCCCCACCUACUAAUCAAGGGAAGGGAAAAGCUUUGAGGGCAACAAGCUCUGAGAAAAGCCUCCCUACAGCAUCUCGUGUCAAUAGCCGAGUCUCAUUGUCAGGGUUUGGUUUUCUACGUACAUCGUUAUCGUCAGUAGGUCUCCGAGGCAGAGACCUGGGUAACCAAUCCAGCCAGCCAGGCUCACGGGCCUCACAGCUAUCUCAUCAGCUGAACAGGGAUCUUGCUGAACAGCGUGACCAGCCUAAGCCAGACGGCUUUAGGCGGUCCCAGAAAUCAGAGGCAACGGGGUCCUGUGCAAGUAACAGCAGUCGGCGAGGUUCCCAAAACAAGAAAAGGACCUGGAUGCGCCGACAGUCACCAAAUAUGUCUGCUUCAGAGGGAUCACCUGGGCGGGGCUCACCUGCUGGGCAGGCUAGAGCCAAUGAACCUGGACAGUCUUCUAGUGAUGAUAGAGCUGCUGGUGGUGGUGACACGUUACAGGCCGAUGAUGGAGAGUUGAAGGAUGAUGACAUGUCCAGACUGCAGAGUCUGCUCGAAGCUAGAGGUGUCCCCCCACACCUAUUUGGAUCACUUGGCCCAAGAAUGCAUCAACUUCUACACAGAGCUAGUAACAGUGGUUCGAAUAGCAAAGCCCAGCAGUUGCUGCAGGGAAUCCAGUCAUCUGAUGAAAGCCAGCAACUACAGGCUGUGAUAGAAAUGUGCCAGCUUCUUGUCAUGGGAAACGAAGAGAGUUUAGCUGGAUUCCCUGUUAAACAAGUAGUUCCAGCCCUGAUUAACUUGCUCAAUAAAGAACAGAAAUUUGAGUUGGUCAACCAUGCCUGCCGAGCACUAACAUACGUCAUGGAAAGUCUACCAAGGUCAACAGUAGUGGUGGUUGAAGCAGUCCCGGUAUUCUUAGAAAAGCUACAAGUCAUAGAAUGCAUGGAUGUCGCUGAACAGUCCCUCACAGCUCUAGAAACUCUCUCCAAGAGGCACAGUAAAUCCAUCCUACAAGCUGGAGGACUGGCUUCAUGUCUACUCUUUCUUGAUUUCUUUUCAAUAAGCGCACAGAGAUCAGCUCUUGCCAUCGCCUCUAACUGUUGUUCUAGUGUUGGUCCUGACGAUUUCCACUACAUUGAAGAUGCCAUUCAAGUUCUCAGUUCAAGGCUUCAAAUACAGGACAAGAAGUCUGUAGAAAGUUGUUGCCUGGCAUUCUCACGGCUGGUCGACAGUUUCCAGCAUGAUAAGGCCCAUCUUGAAGAUCUUGCAGGUCACGGACUCCUAACUAACAUACAACAAUUGUUGAUGAUCUCCCCACCACUAAUCAGCACAGCUACGUUUGUAAUGGUCCUGAGAAUGCUUGCUUCUUUGUGUGCAAACUGUCCAAAACUAGCCGUACAAAUGAUCAAAAACAAUAUUGCCGACACAUUGAAGUUUCUGCUGGUUGGAACAUUGGAUAUAAUAAAUAACGAAAAUGUAGAGCUCAUUGCAAGAAGUCCUCAAGAGUUCUACGAAAUUACUUGUUUUAUCAGCGAGCUGUUUCCACAGCUUCCAAAAACAGGUGUGUUCUCUGUGGAUGCUCUUCUCAACAAGAGCCAGCUGAGGACAGAGCACGGCCUAUGGCAGUGGCGAGACGACAGGGGCACCUGGCAUUCCUACUCCUGGAUAGACUGCAAGAUCAUUGAGGCUGCCUUCCAGAGUGGGGAAGACGAGUUGAGUUUAUCAACUAUGGGGCGCAGCUAUACCAUCGACUUUAAUGCCUUACAACAGAUCAAUGAAGAUACUGGUACAACUAGACCCAUCCAAAGAUGUGCCGGAGCUGGUGAAUCAACAAGCUUGACUUUGCAAAGCGGCUCCAAUACAGAGCAAGACGAGCGCAUAGAGAUUCUCCAAGAUGGGCCUGACGGCAAUGCUUUCACUCACGUCCUCUUUGCUUGUCUCUACAACAUUAUGAACUCAUCUGUAGGCGUGGCUGUGCGGCACAAAUGCAUCAAUGCCAUGCUUCGACUGGCCUGUUACGCCCCUUCUGAUUUAUUGAGCGAGAUCCUCAAAAGGCACCCCAUCUCGAGCCUAAUAGGCGAGAUGUUGCAGUCGAAUGAUCUACGGACACUAGUCAACGCCCUCCAGAUAGCGGAUAUUUUGAUGAAAAAGCUCCCGGACAUUUAUCACAUUUCGUUCCGCCGCGAGGGCGUUAUGCACAAGGCAAAUGCAUUAGCGAGUGGAUCGUUCAUGGCCACCACACCUCAAUCUAAGCAGACCAAGAGUAAAGCUCAGGACGGUGGAAGGGGGCUGUCACUGGCUGGUGAGCCUUACUCAUCUCAUCAGGCACAUUUAAUACAAGUGUUUGAAAAGCCACCGUCACCACCAACGUCACGGAGACUUGGGGAUGUCUUCAGAGGGAAACGGAGAUCUAAGCGCACGCCUCGAAGCAAAGAAAAGUGCCAAAGCUUGAUGGAGCAGGAUCUAAGGUCAGAGGGAGACGCACCCGAGCUCUCACGGUCAGGUACCAUCCCCACGUCGUCACAUCACCAUGGAAAGUCCUCAUUCUUCUCCUCUUUGUCAUCGUCAAGAUGGAGUGCAAAGGCUUCUACCUCGUCGCUUCCAGCUGAUGGGCUUCCCAGGGUGGAUGUCAAUAACACCAAUAGCGCCCUUCGAGUGCUGACAUCCAAGUCAUCUGAUAACAAGGAGAAGAUCCGCUCCUGGAUCAAAGAACAGGCUGUCACAUUCUAUUCAACGUAUUUUGAUGACGACAGUGGCAAAUCACACCCUGCUCUGGAUGUCAUGCAGAAACUAAUUGAAGCCACAAAGUCUCUUGGCUUAGAUAAUUUGCAUGACAUCAAAGCUUUAAAGGAAAUUAACACUGUACUGUCAGACUCUGAUGGCGUCAGCUCUUUUGAAAUUCUUCAUAGCGGUCUCGUCACGAAGCUUCUCAGCUACAUCACACCACAGCCAUCAGACGACGGGCCUGAUCUCGAGAAAAGACUGAGGGUGUUUGUGCAAUCGUUCAUGGAUCAAUCAAACGUAGAUAAUAAGCCAGCACUUGCAUCUCUGAUCAGCAAACUGCACUGCUGUGUCAAUCAAGUUGAACAGUUCCCAGUGAAAGUCCACGAUGCACCAAGCGGCACAAGCAGCUCGUCGGGGUCAAGGGGUUCCCAAGCACUACGUUUCUUCAGCACCCAUCAAAUCAAGUGUCAUCUACAGCGUCACCCCGACUGCAAGACGGUACGCCAGUGGAAGGGUGGACCCGUGAAGAUUGACCCCCUUGCCCUUGUACAGGCCGUUGAGCGUUAUCUUGUUGUACGGGGCUAUGGCAGAGUCAAAGAGGCAGCUGAAGAGGAUGGAAGUGACGACGAGGGAUCGGAUGAUGACAUCGAUGAAUCAAUGGCAUUUGAACUUCAAGUAGAAAGCAUACCAAGACAUCACCUGGAGAUCAUGCUUGGAGACAAAGUGCUUCCAUACAACAUGACGGUCUACCAAGCAGUUAAACAAUACGGCCAGAGCGACGAUGACAGAGAUUUCGAUGAGGAACAAGGCGUAUUAGGCCGGCCCAGCAUCUGGGUUGGACAACACACUAUUUGGUAUCGUCCUCUUAAUCACGAUGGAGAAGUUUCAACGAACAACACGAGACAUAGAGGCAGCUGCUCCGGGAGAGGGCCAAGCAAAUCACCACCAAAGAGAUCUUACAAGGAUCACCAGAAUAAGCGACAGUCGCUCGAGGAAAUGCUAGCAGUCUGUCAGCCAUCUGAUUUCUCGCUUACGGACCCUUCACUGGAGAUUAUUUGUCUUAUGAGAGCUAUCCACAUCCUUAACAACAAUGCAGCUAUGCUCUUUGAGGAGAUGAACAGCAGGUCACUUGUUUCAGUCGGCGAAUUCGCUAAUCAAAAGUUAGCUGCAAAAGUGCUAAGGCAACUUCAAGAUCCUAUUGCUGUCAUGACCGGUAACUUCCCAUCCUGGGUCUUAGAACUCCCGCGCAAAUGUUCGUUUUUGUUCCCGUUUGAAUGCCGGCAACAGUUGUUUUUCUGCACGUCAUUCGACAGAGAGCGUGCCAUGAGCAAACUCCAGGAAUCUAUCCCAGAUUUGAUUAAUACCGAAAUGUCAGACCGUGUUGCCCCAAGACUUGACAGGAAAAAGAGCACCGUGUCCAGGAAGGACCUACUCAGCCAGGCAGAGAAGAUCAUCCAGGAUCUGGGCAGCUCUCAGUCCAUCCUGGAAAUACAAUACCAGAGCGAGGUUGGCACUGGUCUUGGCCCAACUCUUGAGUUUUAUGCUCUGGUGUCCAAGGAGUUCCAGAGGUCAAGCAUGGAGAUGUGGCGGGGGACAGAAGUCGCGCCCCCAGUGACUGAGGAUGCGGAUGGUGGUAUCAAAUACGUCUACUCUGAAUCAGGUUUAUUUCCAAUUCCAAUACCAAGAAAUGCUCGUGUAGCAAUGGUCUCCAGGCUAAAGUCCAAGUUCCGAUUCCUUGGGCGCUUCCUUGGAAGGGCUCUCUUGGAUUUCCGCAUGGUUGACAUUCCCUUUAGCUGCGCUUUCUACAAGUGGAUGCUUGGCUUUGAGGCAACCUUCGACUACAGGGACUUGUUUGAUAUUGACCCGGUCCUAGCCAAGUCUAUAAGUCAGCUUCAAGGCCUAGUCCGUCAAAAACAUCGCCUCGAGAAAGACUCGUCUCUGACUCCUGAGAGUCUUCAGCUAGCGGUGGAGAACCUGACACUGGAUGGGGCUAGUGUGGAGGACCUGGGACUGGACUUUGUGCUGCCGGGAUACACAAAUAUUGAGCUCAAGAAAAAUGGAAGGAACAUUCCUGUAACUAUCCACAACUUGGAAAAGUACAUCAAGCUUGUGGUUCACUGGACGCUAGUGGAAGGAGUCGAGCGCCAAAUGCAAGCUUUCCAGGAGGGCUUCGAUUCUGUCUUUCCUCUCACUAACCUCAAGGGUUUUUCCGCAGAUGAGAUGGACCAGCUUCUUUGCGGCAGUGUGGGCCAAAAGUGGGAGGUCAAAGAACUCGUAGAAAGUUGCCGGCCAGACCAUGGCUACAGUCAUGAUAGCCGUGCCAUCAAGUGUUUGUUUGAAAUCCUGAGCGAGUAUGACGCUGACCAGCAAAGACUGUUUCUUCAGUUUGUCACAGGAAGCCCGAGACUACCAGUGGGAGGCUUCCGGAGUCUCAACCCGCCCCUCACUAUUGUCCGCAAGACGUUUGAGCCGCCGCUGAGCGCGGACAACUACCUACCUUCCGUCAUGACAUGUGUGAACUACCUUAAGCUGCCAGACUACACCAGCAAGGAGAUCAUGCUCGACAAACUACGUACCGCCGCACACGAGGGUCAGCGGUCAUUCCACCUGUCAUAAAUGCUGUACAAACUGGCCAGCGGCUAAUUCUGAUAAGCUUUUCGGCGAUAGACUAAGAAUUGGAAACUACAUUGACUGCCAAACAAUGUGGCCAACUUUUCUAUCGUCGUGACUGAUGUAAAUAUUAGCGAGGUUAGAUCCAACGGGUUUGAUUGCGACACAACUAUAUCCGCGUGCAAAGGACAGCGGUUAGUUUUUGGCACUACGUUUGCAAAGGGCAUUGGUUUGUUUGUGGCAUUACACUUGCAUGCUUACAAAAAGCUUCAGUUUGUUGGUAUCACUUCACUGUCGGCGUGCAAAAAACAGCGGAUCGUUUCUGACACUUCAGCGUUCAAAGGACAGCAGUUUGUUUGUGUCAAAAACAAAAAAGUGCCCGCGUACGAAAGACAGCGCUUUGUUUGCGACCAUUCUCUUGCCUGCAUGCAAAGGAUAGCGGUUUGUUCACGACGCUAUGUUUCCCUUGAGAGAUGUGCCGUGAUCGUUAGUCCUAAUUAAACUCCACGGAACUCCAGGAAAAAACAUCAUUACUUAAUUUCGCGAGCCGACUAAUCCAGCUUAACUUGGUAAAUCAGUUAUUUUGUAACAUGAUGCUUCUUACUUUGUUGGCAAAUACAGUGGUGGAAUCUGCGGACUUUAACUUCAAAACCAGGUAGUGACAGCUUCAGUCUGCCUACCUCAAGCAGUAGAAGGCAUGAUCACAUAUUAGUGCACCUAUUUCAAUGAACAGUCGAGCCGUCUAUUUCCAUCAUACCUUCUAGCUCGUAAGUCAUUAUGCUUAUAAUGCAUGGAUACUAUAUGAGCCAUAUUUUGCAUUGGGAACGAAAAAAAUCAUUUUUCCCCACUGAGUUGUUAGUAAAGGUAACCAUCGUUCUUUGCGGGCUAUGGACAUGACGGACAAUUAGAGCGUUCAGCGUUUAUUGGAGUAGAACGUAUACAGAUAUGGCUGGUGCGAUCGCGUUGGAGCGUGGCUUAGACUUGGUGCACAUUUAAAGGGCGUCUUUUCGAUGGAAUUGUUUUCUCGUACUCUUGUGGUUGUCUAGACGGAAAAAAAUAUUUGUUAUGGUUCUUACUUGCCAACAUUUCGGUUACAGCUUCGUCUAUUAAAUAACCUUUCCUCAUUUCUUCGAAACUCUUUUUCCAUUUUCUAACCGUAUAAAAUGCCAUUGGCAAACACACUAAAAUAUCUAGAUUUUUGUGUUUGCGUAUUGGACAAAUUCAAGGAGCGUCCGUGCCAAUCUUAGCCUCGAUCCCGUGCCAAAUGAACGCGCUACGCCACGCUAUUUGUUGGAUUUCCGCAAAGCUGGUGCUAUAUAUAUUAGUGAUUUUCAUUGCCCACUCAUCCUGCUAUGUGAAAAAGCGACAACGAUGAUGUCAGCAUGCUGCAGAGAGGUCAUGCGCGAACAAUCACGUGAUUUAGGCAAGUGACAUCAGAGGUCAUCCGAAACCAGGACGUGCGUUCUUGUUGUAGAGCCCCUGUGCGAAAGAAAUUGCUUUAGACAUCAUGCUGCGAAAUAUUUUGUUUGAAAUAAAAAUCAAAGUUAAAGUA